AUGGCAUCUCCAUCAAACGAAGAAGAGCAGCAGUCUGCUGAAGGCCUCCCUGACCGUGCAGUCGCGUCGCCUCGGAAGAAAGGCCGGGGGCGCGGGCUGAGGACUCGAUCGGGAUGCCUCACAUGCAGGAAGCGACAUGUCAAAUGCGAUGAAGCCCGCCCAGCAUGCACGCAGUGCACUCGAAAUCGGAAGACGUGUUCGUACGUUGUCAACCGCGAAGAUGGGUCACGUGCAGCUACGACCGAGGUCGCAUCACCAGUCACGGCUUCUGCUCCAGCUCCUGCUCCCGCUCCCGCUCCUGCGUCUGCUCCAGCUUCUGCUCCGAAAUCCAAUAGCAAUGGUCACGGUCCAGAGCCUGGAACCGUCACGACUAACCUCGAGUACCAAUCCAGUGGAUUCUCAAACACCGAAGUCACGCAGAACAUGACAGCCACAGGAGCCAGUCCGGCAAGUAUCGAUCAGCCAGUCGGAAUUGCAACUGCGCGAUGGUUUGGCAUGCUUGCAGGCGAUGCGGAAUUGGAAUUCAGGACCUCGCCACAGCAAAAUUUGCCGGAAUCUCCUGCAACUGUCAAUUCACAGCUUCCCGUUUCCGUUCCCGUGCACGUUGGCUUAAGCGAUUCGCCUUUCACGCAAAGCUAUCGUUCGGACGAUCUCUGGAGCGAACGUCUGAGCUGGCAGUCUCCAACGCGUUUGACUCUACAAGAUGCUGAACAGCAACUGUUCGACGUUUUCGUUCAACGCAUCAGCCUCUGGCUCGAUCUACUGGAUCCGUACCGGAAUUUCGCGUCGCUAGUACCUCGACUGGCGCUCUGGAAUGUCGGUCUGCUGAAUGCGGUGUUGACUCUGGCGCUGCGUCACGAGUCUCUGCAAACAACGUCCGUGGAAAGCCCGUUCGCGCGUAGAGACGCGUUGCAAUACUACCAUGAGACACUGCAUUAUCUUAGCAAAGCUUUGCAGUAUCCGUCAUACCACACAAGUGACGAGCUUCUGGCUACUACAAUAAUCAUCUCUGCAUAUGAGAUGCUCGACGGCUCAUCGAGGGACUGGGAAAGACAUCUACAAGGCGUCUUCUGGAUUCAACGUUCUCAGGUGAUACACGGCGAUUCUGGUGGCCUCCGAGGAGCGAUCUGGUGGACAUGGCUCUGCCAGGAUGUAUGGGCCGCGUUUCGUGAUCGUCGAAGGGUCUUCACCUUCUGGAGACCGGAAAGGAAGCUCGCGCAACUGGGACCGGCGGAGCUAGCAGCGCGUUCCGUUUUCAUUCUGGCUCGUGUUGUCGACUAUUGUUCUGCGGGCCAGACGGCGGAAACACCCAGCGGUUUCAUCGAGAAGUCUCGACAUGCCGAGCAGCUGAGUGUUCUGCUUGACGAAUGGGCCGACUUGUUGACGCCGCAGUUCACACCUCUUCCUCGUUACGCGUCCAAAGAGGCUGUGUUCAAGGAGAUAUUCAUCCAUCCCCCUCUCUAUGGCGUCGCAAUACAGGUACAUCAUGCCGCAAGGCUGUUGAUUCUUCUUCACAGACCGACUUUGGGCGGCCUUCAUGAGUCACUAAAGCGGCAGGCUGUCAUCGAUGGCCAUGUUGAGCAGAUUGGGGGCAUUGCCUCGACAUUGACGGACUAUGCUUCGGGAACAUUGUCUUCACAGUGUUUGUAUAUUGCCGGGCUAAGCACUUUCAACCAGCGAUAUCGUGACGAGAUUCUGCGCCAGAUACAGCUUUGUCGAAGCAGAACCGGAUGGCAAGCCACCUCAAUGGAGGACGAGCUCAAGUUUCAUUGGGAGCAGCAUUCGGGGUUCUGA